AUGCCUUCUCAAAUAUUGACUCAUGAGGAAGAGUAUGACCUGGCUGUACGCCAGGGGAAGGGUCUUGCCCAACAAUUCUUCGAUCAUGUUUUCCUCAACCCUUCCGCCCUUGCUCUGGUGGACGGUGAUGCCAAUUUGACGUAUCAGGACCUGCAUGUGAGGGCUACAGUGCUUGCCCAAGAACUUCAACAGGGAAAUUUGCAUUUAGAAGAGCCGGUUGGUAUUAUCGUGCAACAUGGAAUUUCAGAUGUGGUUGCCCAAAUGGCUAUCCUGUAUGCAGCGGGUACUUGUGUUCCCAUGGAUCCAACUCUGCCUGACCUGCAGAUCAAGGGUCGACUAGACAGAUUAGAGGCAAGGUAUAUCCUCGUCGAUAAGGCUAACCAGCAUCGUGACCUGCCAUUCCAUUCCUUAGUCGUCGAUGACUCCAGCGCGUCGUUUGCCAAGGACUCGUGCGUCUCGGACAAUGACGAGCCUAUGCAGACAACCCUCCAGCAUCGCACCCACAUCAUACAUACGUCCGGCACGACCAGCGAACCCAAGGCCGUUCAGAUCGCGGCACGCUCUAUUCUGCAGGUGGUCUUCCAUGCGCCGUUCGAGCCUCUGUACCCAACAGAUAGAGUGGCCCAUGUCAACAACUCAAGCUUCGAUGUCUCCCUUUUUGAUAUCUGGGCACCGCUGCUGCGCGGAGCUUGCAUUGUGGUAGUGAGCAAGGUCACCUUGCUCGAUCUAGAAGCCCUGGCAGCCUACAUUGAUCAGCAGAGAAUUACGGUGAUGGCUACUACCACCGCUAUUCUCAAUUUGGCAGCGUCGGUAUACCCUCGUGCAUUUGAGAAGUUACGCUUAUGUUUCAUCGGAGGCGAAGCUGCCAAUAUUCCGGCCAUUGAGACUAUCUUCCAAGCAGGCCCGCCGACACAGCUCAUCAACGCGUAUGGCCCGACUGAGUGCUGUAUAUUCUGCCUUGCACACAGAGUGACCAUCGCCGAUGUGCAAGCUGGAGCAGUCAGCAUUGGAAAGCCAAUCGGACGGACUGUAGCUUAUAUUUGUGAUGAGGCCGGUCACCCAGUCCCGGAUGGCCACGAAGGUGAAUUGCUUAUCGGUGGGGCAGGUGUCUCCCCAGGCUACAUCAACCAGUCAGACAAGAACCGAGCUUCCUUCGUGCCUAUUGAAGGUAGCGACUGUGAGCGGUUCUACCGAACAGGGGACAUUGUCCGCCGACGGGUGGCAGAUGGCCAAAUUGACUACGUCGGAAGACGAGACCAUCAAGUCAAAGUUCGUGGGUUUCGAAUUGAGCUCGAAGCCGUCGAGUCUGCGAUUAUGAAAACGGGACAGUUUUCCGAGGCAGUAGCCCUGAAGGUAGAAGCGGGCUCUGAAGGAGCCGGUUCCAUUCUGGUUGCCUUUGCAGUUGCCCUCUCUGGAACUAAGCCCCACGCGGUCCUGAGUGCCGUGGAUAUGCUUAAAGCUGUCCUGCCGGACUACAUGGUCCCCAAGAUUGAGCUCAUCUCCAAAAUGCCUGUCAAUAGCCAUGCCAAGGUUGACCGAAAGUACCUCGAGCAGCUAUUCCGCAACCGGUGGGCUAAACAGCAUAUCGAUAUCGACAACGAGGAUAGCACGCGCGGUAAACUUGCCAACCUGUGGGCCAGCAUUUUGGGUGUACCUGUCCCCGCUUCCAAUGACAAUGCUGAUUUUUUCCUCCUUGGUGCUACGUCCAUGCAAGCCUCGUUGCUCAUCAGUCGCAUUCAGAAAGCUUUUGAUGUUCAGGUGUCUCUUCUGACACUGUAUGACAAUAGCAGUCUCAUUGGACUGGCCGGUAUAAUUGAGGAACGUAUACAUGGCACCCAGGAAAGCUUUUGCAAGGAGUCAGAAAAGCACAUGUGGCUUGAGGAUAGCAAGCUUGCGGACAGCCUAGUCCCUCUUGCGGGCCCUCCGGUCGAUUGGUGUCGUGACACCGAGGGACGGGUGUUCUUAACCGGGGCUACCGGUUUUGUAGGGUCGUUCUUACUUGCUGACCUACUGCGUCAGCCGAACGUGCAUCAGGUCGGAUGCUUGGUACGCGCUGUGGACCCAGCGACGGGCCUUCGGCGUCUGCAAAAUGCGCUAGCGAAAUAUAACCUCUGGGAGGACCAGUUUCGUUAUAAACUAUUACCUCUCUGUGGCACCCUAGAAGACAAGUAUCUUGGGCUAGGGCCGGAUCGGUUUGAGGAAAUUGCCCACUGGGCUAGUGUUGUCUUUCAUCUCGGUGCCCGAGUUAACUACACCCAGCCCUAUUCACUGCAUCGUCCCGCCAAUGUCCAAGGUACCGUGAAUGUCCUGCGCCUGGCAUGUGCUGGUCGGUCCAAAGCAUUGCACUAUGUUUCUAGUAUCUCCUGUUUCGGCCCGACGGGGUUUGUAACAGGCACACGGACCGUUAUGGAGAAUGAAUCCCUUCUGCGACACUUAGACGCCCUUCCCUAUGACCACGGAUAUGCCCAAAGCCAGUGGGUGGUGGAGAACAUGUUACAACGUCUGAUGGAUAACGGGUUUCCCGUUGUGGUAUAUCGGCCAGGCUUUAUCACGGGACAUAGCCAAACUGGUGUCUGUAACCCCGAUGACUUUCUCAGCCGGUUAAUCAUUGCCUGCGAAGAGAUGGGGUCAUAUCCUCUACUUCCAAAUCAACGAAAGGAAUUUGUACCCGUUGACUACGUCAAUGCCGUUAUCCUGCAUAUCGCCUCAGCGGCUACUGCUGUGGGCCGGGUAUAUCAUAUUGUGCCUCCAAACCGGGACCUCUCCUUGGAUAUGAAUGACUCCAUGGAGUUGGUUGGUUCCUUGACCGAGGGAGGCGAUUCCUCCGUCCGUGGUGUAAGCUACCAGCAGUGGAUCGAGGAGUUGGAUAGACAGUCCCCUGAGCGGCUUCGGCCUUUACAACCGAUGUUGACGGAAAAGCUAUACCAAGGACUCACACGGUGGGAGCUGUACGAGAACAUGCCCGUGUAUGACACCACCAACACGGGACAAGCACUGGAGAGCUACCCUGGCGGUCUCAAGUUUCCCGUGUUGGACUCCGCCUUGAUGCAAAAAUAUAUCCGAUACCUGCAAACUCAGUUAACGUGUCCGAAAGAGGAAAAUGCGUUGAACGGCACGGACAGCUAA